GCCCAUACUAAGCUUCAGUUUUAUUCGUUUUGAUUUCUAGAGAAAGUGUAUCAAAGCCUCUAAAAUUUUUUGUCUUUUUUCUUUUCUUUUCAAGACAAUGAAUCCUGGAGAGAAUAAACCUGCUCCUAUUCAACUUGAGAGCAAUGUUUUUCAUCUCGAUCUUCAUCCUAGUAACAACAUUAUUGUUACAGGCAUGAUCAACGGGCGCAUUCAAUGUCAUCGCUACGGGUUAGAAAAGAAUGAACAGUUAUGGAAUGCAAAAGCAUUCAAAAAGUCAUGUCGAGGUGUCGCAUUUAAUCAUGACGGAUCAAAUAUUUAUGGCAUUUCUCGAGAUCGAUCAAUUCAACUUUUAGAUUUAGAGACAGGUACCAUGAUCAAGAUCAGAGAAGAAUCACACGAAUCUCCUAUCAAUGCUCUUUUGAGUUUUGAUGAACAUAUGUUGGCUACAGGCGAUGAUCAAGGUGUUAUCAAGCUUUGGGAUAACAGAAAACAAGAUCCUGUUAUGACUUAUUCAGAACAUGAAGACUAUAUUUCUGACAUGGUCUAUAGUCCACAUCACAAAACAUUAAUUGCUGUAGGUGGAGAUGGAUAUCUGUCUACUUGGGAUAUUAGAAAACCUAAUGUGGCUGCCAUGUCAGAUCAAAUUGAAGAUGAAUUAUUGUCUAUUGCCCUUGUCAAGAAUGGCAAAAAAGCAGUGGUGGGUACACAAGAUGGUGUAUUGAGUCUAUGGAGUUGGGGGGAUUGGGGUGACUAUAAUGACCGUAUCAUUGGUCAUCCCAAUUCAAUUGAUGCUAUCUGUAAAUUAGAUGAGGACAGUAUUUGCACAGGCAGUAGUGAUGGUAUUAUACGGUAAGCAUGCAAUUUUAUGUGGUAAUAUACUUAUUCUUAUUAGUUUGGUCACUAUUUUACCCAACGAGUUCCAUGGUGCAUUAGGAGAUCAUGGUGAAGAUAUGCCAAUUGAGAACUUAAAGCUUAGUCAUGAUAAACAAUAUUUGAUAUCAAGCGGACAUGAUGAUAAAUUACAAUUUUGGGAUGUUGCUCACCUUUUCCAAGAAGAAACAGAGCAAGAAGGCGAAAAAGAACAAGAAAAGCAGCAAGUGAUUGUUGAAAACAAUACGCCAGCAGACUCUGAUGAUGGUUGGGGCACAGAUUCUGAUGAGGAAAAGACGAAAAAGAGAAAAAAGGCGCAGAAAAAGAACAAAGCGGAAAAGAAGAAGACUAUCAAGACUUCUGCAUUUUUUGCAGACAUGUAAAUAAAAAAAUUUAUUAUACAACAAUAAAUU